GUGCAUCAUUUUAAGAGUAGAUGUUGGUCCAUAGCUUGUCGCAAUCUAAGGCGGAUUGUUUGUGUGGACAUUCGCGAAUGACGUGAAUUAUGUGGAGGUUUGAGCUUUAUGCUAAACUUUUUCAACUGAAAUUAAGCAAUUAUGAUAAGCAUCCAUGGGAACACGGAGUUGAGCAACGGAUCUUGCAGUUGCUAUCACCUAAUAGUUCACGUUGGACAAAAUGUGUUUAUCCUCAGUUUGCCUUUUGGUUCACUGAAAACAAUCUGUUCUUACAAGAUCUGAGCACAUGUAUUCGUCCUGUCAUAUGACGACAUCUGUUAUUAUUUCUCUGGGACAAAAGGGGAUUGAUCGCCAUUCGACUCGUGAUGGGAAAACACGUUCAGGUCUUAUUGAUGUGGACGUAAUACGAGGUUCUGUUUUCGCCAAGGCUAAAACCGGGCAUGGUUGGAUGGCAGCUGUGCGUUGGGGCUUAUUGCGCGUAGCAUUCGCUCCUUUUUACUGGAACUACUGGCGCAGUCAUACAUCCUUUCGUGUUGCUGUUUAUAUCAUGGUUCACUUUUUUCUACAGUUUUUACAAGUAGUAUUUUUCCUUCUGACAGACCCGCGGACUAGUAACAGCUCUCAGGAUGAUUUACUUCUUCCUUGCUUAUUGGCUAUUUGUCUGGGUAUUCUUCAUGCACAUAUUACUGCUCCACAUGGGAAAACUGGUUUAUAUUCGUCUUUUAUGGAUAACCCAAUGACCAAUCAAUCUUUCAAAGAUAUUGGUGACCAUGGCUUGAAUUCAAAUUGUUGUCAAUACAAUCCGGACAAUUUAGUAAAUAAUAAAUUUAGUAGUGUACAGACUGUUAUAAAUAGACAUAGUGAGUAUGACCAUUCAUCUUGGUUUCCUGUACAGUCAAUUAUUUCAGAGCAUCACAAAUUUCCAGCCAAUAUUUACUCAGCGAAUCAUCAGUCAAAAAACGUAACAAAUCCCAACAAAGAACAUAUAAUCAAUACUUCAGAACAAUGUGGACAAUCAGGUAGUGGUUGUUUCGAAUGUUGCAAAACCUCUCAGUUAAUGGACAGAAAUUACGCUAAAGCACAACGAAAUAUACACUGGAGACCAUGUGAGAUGAAACCGAAAAAAGCAUUAACUUCGUCCUAUAAGUUUUUAAAAACUCACCUCGACACUGAUUAUCAAGAUGACUGUUCUGAUAUGUACGGUCCAGGUGAUGAUACCCAACAUGAAUUAAAUGUCUCGGAUGUUACUCAUGGAACAGAUGGUCAACAGACUCCAUGUACAUUAGAUGAAGAAUGUGGACGAACUACACUUCUUCAUAAUUCGCAGGUAUUAGAGCAUAGGUCGAGAGUAGUUCGAAGACGCAGACGUCACAAUAGUUACAAUUCAAAGCCUGGUAACUCAAGUCGUGGACACGAUGCAGAUGUAGAAGAGAGCGAAGGUGAACUUAUAACUGUCCCAUCUAGAAAAGAUGUUGGGGAGAUUGGUUUCAGUGAUCAAAUUGUGGAUGGCCUGAAUCCUGAAUUCAUUCAACAGUUACGACUAAAAGGAGGUGUUGGUUCAGAUAACCAUUUUGGGUCUUCUAAUUCAGAUAUAAAUCCAGAUUCCACAGUUCUACGUACGAUAAAACGAGUAUCUGAAUCUCCAUUCAAAUCUUCAAAAUUACAUACGUCUGCCAAAUUACCAAAUACUCUGGGUGAUUUUUCAGCCAAUACUGAGUCUUCAAAUAAUGUAGGUGUUUCGAAAACACAAUCUAUCAGUGAUUCUCCCAUCCCACUGAAGAUCGAUCAAUUCUCUGAACUUGAAUGUCUUCCACCUCAUCUGUCUCAUAUUUCUUCUUUAAGUAGUUCUUUUGAUUCUUUCAUUGGAUCUAGUCGCCGUUCAUUAAAACGUUCAUUGUCGAUGAGCUUUCCAGUGCAUAGUAAAAGUACUACAACUAAUAUGUUUCUAAAUAAUAAUCUAAUGUUGAAAAAAUCAUUCUCUGAUGGGUUAUUAAAUUGUUCAAUGAACUUUGAUUCGUCACAGUGUCAUCAAUCCGAUAAUGAAUUACUUGACGCAUUGAAGUCACCGUUUCAACAAAAGAGAGACUUUCGACCCAACUACAAUAAUACGAAGGGUCAGGUUAGAGAAGCUUUAAAGUUAUGUUCAAAUCGACGAAAUCGUUUGAGCAGUGAAAAUAUUUCAUAUCGUAAAAUAUCAUUAUCAUCGCAUUCUUCGGGAGCUGCAGAGUCGUCCACUAAUUCUGCUCAAUCUUUCAGUUCUGUGAGAAAGUUUCCAAAAGGAAAUGGUCGCAUUUUUGAAUUGGAAUCCGUACAUGAUGUUGGUGCAGAAUUGACAGCCGAUCCAAAAUGUGGUCGUUCUAGUGUUGACAAACUUUUGGACAGGAAGACAUAUUCUAGUUACACUGAUAUAUUUAAAUCUCAACUGAUUGAAGACAUGAAACCUACUGUUCAACCACUUGAGCUAUCUAAAGAAUCCCAAAAGUUGAAUGAACUGAACGAAAAACGUGACUUACUACAAGAUAAUUAUGGUCAUUCGGAAUUUAAGAACAAGUCUUAUGAAUGUAUUAAUAAAGAAGACACCAUUACCGUGUUUAAUCGACAACGUGCUAAAUAUUUACGCUUGUUUUUACAACGUGCCUUUCACCUACAACAUCCACGUGUUGUUAUAAAUUCGAAUCACACUGAUACAGAUAUGCUUGAGCCAGAUUCUGUUGUAUUAAAUAGUAAAUGGUCAAAUGAAAAUCCGAAAUAUUCAGGUAAAUAUGUCCAUUCAUCUAAAAAUCCUGAUAUUAAUUUUAAACCAUCUAAUCAACGUAUAUCGUCGUUGAAUUCCACAAACAAAAGUUGUUUAAAAUCAACUCCACCGAAAAUAUUUUACAAUUGGUCUGAGGCUAAUUCUUUGUCUGGAAAUAUUAAUGAUCGUUCACAAACGACACCAACAACGGAUGUUACAAAUUCACAAGAUGCGGUUACUCAUUCUUCUAAACGACACAUGAAACAGUACAUUGGUCCUGUCAACGGUUUUGUCCGUAAUGUGUAUUCGCAUUCACAUUAUUUUUCAAAAAAUGAAUCUCAAGAUACAAAUAUGAAUGGUCGAGGUCAAACAGCUUCGGAAACUGAAUACUUUGAUCGGAUUAAUAGCGAUUUGGGGAGUGAUGCUGAUUCUUCAUCUUGUCCAGAUGAAGUAGAGUCCCCAUCUCAACCUCGUGAAAAUGAACUACGAAACUGGCAACACUCAAAUUCCGUGCUAGAUGUGAAUCCAGACGCAGCUGAGAAAUUUCACACAGUUAAUAAAAAACAAGUAUCAGGCCGAUCUGAUUAUCAUUCUUGCAUUGGUGAGCAUUAUUGUCCAGAAUGUUCUUCACAUCUUAAUGUUUUUCUAUCACCAACCACUGAUUCGGGACAAAUGAAUAGUUUCGACGAUCUCAAAAGUGUCAUGAAUAAUCAAAAGCCUACUGAAUCUCAUGAAUUGUAUGAAUCACUACAAUCUGUAAAUGCCAAUGGGAAAAAAGAAUCUUUAUCGAAUGUUUAUGAAGAAAUUCUACAUUCAACAGACUUUGAAGUAAAGGAAAAACUGCUAGAUAACCAAAUGACCAAGAAAAAUCUUAGUAAUAUUCAAAUUAAUUCUCAUUUAAAAAGAGAUUCAAAUGGUCAUGAGAAUUCAUUACCUUCAAAAGUUGAUACUGUUCGGUGUUAUAUGUGGGCCGGACAGAAACUGUCGAAAUUCAAUUUAUCCAUGUUAGAUAUUGGGAAGAAUGUGAUAUAUGCUGUUGAAAGACAAAGUAUUUCAUCAGAUUACAUUAUAUUCGCUUGUGUUGCAACAUUUGCACUACCACUCAUAUCUGUUAUAUUUCAUUCAACUAAUUCAUCAAAUAUACUGGAUAAUAAUAAUCAUAAUAACAGCAAUGAUAAUAGUAAUCAAUAUCAAUCAUUAUUUAUAACAACAAAAGGUACACUGUUAUUUUUUGGCAAUAAUUCAAUGAAUCGAACAUUCAAUACUAACAAUGCUGUUUUUGGAGACACCGUUAUUGGGUUAUAUUUACAUGCUAUAUUAAGUUUAUUUGGUCAUUUAUUUUCCACCGUCGCUGUAAAAAUUCAUAAUACAUUGAUUGAUACGAAUUUACAAACUUCUUGUUGUUCGCAACCUUAUUGUAUCGUAUUUUGGAAUAUUGUGACUGGUCAAUUUUUAAUGGAUUGGUUUUCAAAACCAGAUGUACAAGGGCGUUUGGUUAUUUUGAUUGGAUGUAUAUUACGCUUCAAUGUUUAUGGCACUGUAUUCUUUCUUCUAUGUAUUGCUGAGCGUACAUUUCAAGAGCGUUUGCUUUACGCCAAAUAUUUCUUUUCUUUAACAUCCGGCCGUCGUGCUUUAAAAUAUCGUGUACCGCAAUUUCGUUUAAAUAAAGUUGGUCAUAUAAAAUGCUGGUUAAUGCUUCGGUCGUAUCUGAAAAAACGUGGUCCACAACGCUCAGUUGAGCAUAUUAUGACGAUCGCAUUUUAUAUCGUUUUUACCCUUGGUCUUAGUUUAUGCGCUCAACUUCUUUCAAAAAGCCGUAUGAGUGUUUUCACUCAUUUAACUAAUUGGGAUAUUCUGGGUCUUUCUUUUGGGAUUAUUGUAUUUCUCUAUCGAUACAUUUUACUUGGUACAAAAAUUACAAAGAAAUACCGUAACUUCUCAGUACUUAUCACUGAACAAAUUAAUUUAUAUUUAAGUAUGGAGAGUAAACCACAUAAAAAAGAAGAUUUAAUGCUAACAUUUCAAGUUCUACGUUUAGUUGAAGGUCUACUAAAAGAAGUUGAUGGUCCAUUUCGUGUUUGUGGUUGGACAUUGAAUCCAUUAGUGUAUAAUAUAUUUAAAUUAGUUUUACUUUCUUGUGUAUCUACUUUACUAUCUGAGUCAUUGGGCUUUAAAUUAAAAUUAUACAAAUUAAAAUUAAAUCCAUCUAAUUGGUAGAACGAUUAGAUGAAAACAUUGACGAAAAAAACUAAUGAAAGAAAAAAAACAAACGUAGAGCCAUAAACAAGAAAAGUAACAUAACUAUUUAUCCAAUAACUAUUCCUUUAUCUAGUUUUUUUUUCCAAUUUUUGUUGUAAUUAAUUUAGAAAAAAAUAGUCACCUCACUUAUUGUUCACAUUAUGUUAGUCUCAAUCACAGUAAAUUGUCAAUUUCACUUUCAUUCAAAUAGAAAUUCAUAUAAACUAUUGUGUUUGUGUUUAUUUAUUUAUUCUCAUACAAAAAAAAAGUAAGAAUCAUUAAGAAAAUAUGUACUAUUCAAUUUCUUGUUAAAUGAUUUAAUUAAUUUGUUACUAAAUCAAUAUAAUUUAUCAGUAUCAAUGUAAUCAUAUAAACAAAUACCA